AUGAAACAAAUAAAUUUAAAAUUCUCAAACUUAAUUACUACUGGUACAUUUAAUCAAAACAAGUACAAAACCGGUGCAAAUAAAAAUGAAAUAUUUUUUCAUCAAAAAUGUAAUCAAUGGUUGACAUAUGGUAUACCAAAACUGUCUCAAUUGAAUAUAUCAAAUGAUCAAUAUGAUUUAUUUAUUGAAGAACAGUGGCGACAAUUUAUAAAAGAACAAUCUCAAUUGUUGAUAUCUGAAAAAAUGAUACUUCAGCAAAGAGCAAUUCAUGAACUUCUCGUAACUGAAGUAUCAUUUAUACGACAAAUGUUGGUCAUCAUUGAUGUUUUUAUAACAUGUACAAGUAUUUUUAAAUCAUCUCAAGUUGGUGAUAUUUUCUAUGAUAUUGAUAUAGAUAAAUUAUAUUUAACCUCUUGA